GAGGUUUUGGAAACCUUCUCUUAAAAGUCGAUCUCCUUCGCCCCGUCCUGUUUCUGAAGUGUGAAGCUGUGGUGAAGGCUGGUGGCGAGCAGGGGGAUGCCAGCCAGCAUGCAGCUCCUCAUCAGAUGUAACGGGAGGAUUUUCCUGGCUGUUUGUUUAAUCCUCUUUGUGGGAUAUACGGCACAAGGUGCUCCGAUGCAGAAGGCACGGUACAAGAGAGUGAGGUGCCGACCCGAUGCCUGGUCUGCUAACUGCAUCGAAGAGCAGGGGCCCUGGUUUUACAUGCCCACCGGCGGAGCCAACAGGAUCCUUCCUCCCAUGGCAGACCCAUCCCUGAUGAAGCGGUACCAGGAGCUGAGUGACAUAUUCCCUCUCUCAGAAGAUGAGUCCGGCUCUGGGUCUGACACUGCAGUGGAAGCAGAGCCAGCCUCUGGCUCAGGGUUUGGUGACAGCGAUGGCUUCUCCAAGGCGAAGCUGUCCACCUUCCUACAGGGUCUGCAAGAUGGCAAGCUGCAGCAAAAGCUAACCGAAGAGGAUCUGCUGCUGUAG